UGUGAAUCAACAGUUGUAUAAGGUGUGUGGUGUGAGCUGGUACAAUGGAAGCUUCUGAGACAGAAGGCCGCACCUUCAUGCAGGCGAUCAGUGAGAAGUACAGCCCAGAAAACUUCCCUUGCCGUCGGGGUCCAGGCUUGGGGGUCGUGGUUGUGCCGUCUAGACAGCAGGGAUCACCUAUGAAAGACCGUCUGAACCUGCCCAGUGUUCUGGUUUUGAAUGGCUCUGGAAUCAGUCAUGCAGGUGAAGAGGGAGAAAUUGCUGCCUUCUGUACUCAUGUAAUUGAACUUGAUCUGUCCCACAACAAGCUCCAAGACUGGCUUGAGAUCAGCAAGAUUGUUUCUAACAUCCCUAACCUGGAGUUCCUGAACCUCAGCUCUAAUCAGCUGAGUGAUGCAGUCUUGGAGCCGGACUGCGCAAAGGCCUUCUCUAGCAUCCGCCGCCUCGUUCUUAACAAUACCCAGGUGUCCUGGGAUACAGUGCACACAUUCACACAAGAGAUGCCUGAGUGA